CCGGGAGCAUACGUCCACAGCUAUUCGAACUUCACAGGCUCCAACUUACAGAGGUCAGCCUGAGUGCGGGCUCCGACCAUCCCCCAUGAUGCGUGACCUCUCGAGAACCACGAUUACCAGCUUACGAAGUCACAUUCGCAAACCCUCGUCAUCAAGCAAGAGCAAUGUGUCAGAGAGAAGAGCUUCGUUCGGUUCGUCCGAUUAUCGGUCGACCACCCUCGAGCCGAACCACAUUAUUGUCGAGGACAGACAGAUGGACGACGAGAGAUGGAGCCGGUUGGCAUUUGCCCUCGGUAUGCCAUAUGGCGAAACGCAGCGUCCCAGUUCCGAAGCGACCAAAUUCGCCCAGCAAGUCAGAAGUCGGAAGUCGGUGAGCGCCAAAGAGAUGACAGACCUCCUCCUACCACUCCUGGUCUCGGUGGCCAAGAACCACAGGAUCAUGAAGUGUCGGACGAACACUCUUUUCCAUCGGGAUGGUGUACCGGACGAAGUGCCCGACUUUGAGGUCGAGGGUGGGUGGAAGAUGCAGAUGCCAACCCCCAAACCCACCAUCACUCUAGGCUAUUCAAGCAGCGCAUUCUCCUCGCAUCAACUGGAGUUGCAGCACGGCAUCAUCUCGAACCGUCACAACGAGCCCUGUAAUCUCGCCAAGCUCUCCCAACCGGUGCCAGACGUCUAUUGGCCAUUUUUCAUUGUGGAAGCGCAGGAUGAAUCAAUGCUCGCUGCUCGAAACGCCUCCGCUGGGUCGACAGCGACAUGCAACAACGCAUUGAUGAUCUUCGCUGGGGUUGCCGAGGAGCCGCAGAGGUACUAUAGUGACAUGAAUUUCCUCUGGCGCUUGAGCAAAGCUGCGCAGUCCUUUUCCCUCUCCAUCAACGGCAAGACAGCUUGCCUCAACACCCACAACUCGGAAGGCUGCUUGCCUCACGCUGUGGCGGUGAUUAGAACAUAUCGGCUUGACAACGACAAAGACGUCGAAUCCAUGGCUGGUCGGAUCAGCAGCAUCCUGGUAUGGGCAGAAAAUUGCAGGCUGCAGUCCAUCAGCGACCUGUUGAGCGCGUUUGACAAGCGUGUGAAGCUGUGCAGAGACAACAUGGCCCAGAACAGGGUGCCAUAUGACCCACCCGAGCUUUCCAACUUCAAAAAUCCCCCCAGAAGCCGUGCAAGCAUCAUCAAAGGCGUCAUAGCGGAAAGCUUGCCCCGGUGGGCUAGGGCAUUCUAGUCGGGUCUGGAGGAGGCAUUGCAUUUGUCUGGAGUCAGGACUGGUCUAAUCGGAUUGGAAAUGGCGGAGGAAUUUGGAUAGCGCUUAACGAGUACGACGACUUUGUGCAAAAGCUGAUUUAUUCCAUGAACAACACAUCUGGCCUUGUCGAGGCUUAGUGUAACCUGCACCCUUCCCUGAUACCAGUCGGGCGUGAUGUGAUGAGGCUUUCGGGGGGCAGGCACUUCCCGACAAGUCUGAAGGACUCCUCGCAUUGCCGCCAGGAGGUGAAGAGGGACCGACUCCUCGAGUUG